AUGUUCGCAUGUAUUUUUCUGUCGUCUGUUGUUUUGAUCGCUUAUGGACUACCGGUUGAAAUUGCUAAGCCAACGAAGCAAGUGAAUCCGGAAUUACUCGGUGGUGGUUUUGAAGGCGAUAUGAUCUUACCACCUGGUUUUGAUCCUCUCCAUCCAAAUCGUGGCGUUAGCAUUAAUGGUCAAAUUAGACGUUGGCCAAACAAAAUUGUUCCAUAUGAUAUAUCAGCCAUUUCGGAUAGUCGAGAUCGACAAACGAUUGAGUUGGCUAUGCAGAAGUUAAUGUAUGAUACAGGAAUAACAAAACCAGGUCAAACAUCACGCACUUCUUGUGUCACCUUUCGACCAGCACAAUCGACUGACAGGAAAGUUCUCAAAAUUCAAUACGGUACUGGAUGCAGUGCAUCGGUCGGCUAUAACACAAACUAUCCAAAUACAGUUAGAUUACAACGUAACGGUUGUUUUCGCAACGGUAUUAUUCAACAUGAGCUCGCUCAUGUUCUCGGCUUCUUCCAUGAACAGUCACGCCCUGAUCGUGAUCAAUAUCUAACAGUGCACUACGAAAAUAUACAACAGGGCAUGGCGUUCAACUUUCAAAAAUAUUCAUGGGGAACACAGGUGGAAAAUCAAGGCUCCACCUAUGAUUACAACAGUUUGAUGCAUUACGGUCGUAAUGAUUUCACGAAGAAUGGCAAACCAACUCUCACACCACGUACAGCUGGUGCUCAGAUUGGUCAAAGAGAGAAACUCAGUCCCAUAGAUAUUGCCGAGAUUCGUCGUUAUUAUAACUGCUCCUAA